AUGGCACUGGGUCCUUACACCAACCUCCGCGUCGAACGCUACGACAGCGUUUUCGUCAUUGCGCUCGCCAAAGCACCCGAAAACCGCAUCAAUGUUGCUUUUGCGCAAGAAAUAAUACGCGCGCUACGUGAUAUCGAGAGCGAGCUUGGGCCCGACGCAGAAGGCUGUGUCAUUACAAAGGGUGCGGACGAAAAGUUUUGGUGCACAGGUCUAGAUCUGGACGAGAACGAGGCGAAUCCGCAUGCUAAUACCGACGGCUUCUUCCCGCUACUAGCUACGCUACUCGACUAUCCGUUCCCGACCAUCGCACUGAUCACAGGGCACACAUUUGGCGGCGCAUGCCCAUUGGCAUUGGCACAUGAUUAUCGCAUCAUGAACUCGCAGCGCGGCUUCUUUUCUAUGCCGCCAGUCAACCUAGGACUGCAUUUCCCAGGCAUUGGGUUCCUACCAAGGCUGAAACUCAGCCCGCAGGUUGCGCGCAAGAUGCUGCUCGAGGCACAUCGAUGGACGGGCAAAGAAGCAUACAAGGAUGGCAUAGUGGAUGAAAUUGCAGAACCAAAGGACAUGCUGGACAUCGCAUUGGCGAAGGCGAGAGAGAUACAAGGUCGCGCCAAAAUGGGCGUAUACAGUCUGCUGAGAAAUGAAUUGUGGGGCGAGGCUGCUGAGAAGAUUAGGAGUAUCUGUUAUAUACAUGGGAGGAGAGUGACGCCGCCUGCAAAGGCAAAGAUCUGA